AUAUCGUUGGUUUUUGAGAAAGUACAUGUUGUUUGCUAAUCGUAAUAAUUCGAUUAAUUUGUGAUUAAACUAUUAAAAAGUGUGUUAAAUGUGUAUAUAAAGAUGAGUGAGUGGUACAGGAUGAAGAACGGCUUCAACAAUAAACAUAAUUCAUCUGAAUUGUCAGUGGAAACAUCUUGUGAUAUGUCAGACUCUUUUAAUAUAUUUUCUGAUAAUUUGAGCCCAAUACCGGCUUCAAUUGUGCCUCGAAAGUUGGAUUUUAGUAGUAUGGACGAUGAUGAGGGUAUGAGGGACCCUACAUCAGCUCCUGCAUCCCUCAGUCCACCGUACAAAAGGGUCAAGGCUCUGAAAUUAUUCGAUAGUCCUCACACGCCGAAAACGCUUCUAGAGAAAUGUUCAACGCCCUCCCAUCACCCCCCCAGAUCAAGACUCUUCCCGCCAAAAGUCAACGCACCUACUGGCAUGCCGUCUGGCUCGAGUCACCACCUUCACCCACCGUCGGACGAGGACAGCGCGCUCGGCAGCCUGCCGCCGGACGAGCUCGACGACACGAGGCCUGCGAGGCGACCACUUGCAAACAUCAACCCUUUCACACCUGACGGCCAAGCACUAAAUAAGAAGAAGAGAGCCCUGUCCAAGACGCCCACGUGGGGGGACGCGACGCCCGAGCAGCCGGCGAAGCGGCUCCGGGAGUCCAACAUCUCGCGCUACAACGUGGAGUUCGUGGAGCUGGGCGUGGUGGGGCGCGGCGCGUUCGGGCGCGUGGCGCGCUGCGUCAACAAGCUGGACGGCUGCGUGUACGCGCUCAAGCGCUCGCUGCGGCCCGUGGCCGGCUCGGCCGCCGAGCGCGCCGCGCUCACCGAGGUGUACGCGCACGCCGCGCUCGGCCGCCACCCGCACCUCGUGCGGUACUACUCGGCGUGGGCGGAGGACGACCACAUGAUCAUCCAGAGCGAGUACUGCGAUGGCGGCUCGCUGCAGCAGCUCAUGGAAGCGGGGCCGCUGCCGGAGAGCGAGCUGCUGCUGUUGCUGGCGCACGUCGCCGACGGCCUUGCGUACAUCCACUCGCAGCAGCUGGUGCACAUGGACCUGAAGCCGGGGAACAUCUUCAUCGUGCGCGGCGAGGGCGGCGCGGCGCCCGACUCCGACGACGGCUACGACGACGACGAGCCCGACCUGCCGCACCACAAGUACAAGAUCGGUGACUUGGGUCAUGUGACCUGCGUGUCGUCACCGUCGGUGGAGGAAGGCGACUGCAGGUACCUUCCCAAGGAGGUGCUCCAGGAGGACUUCACGCAUUUGACCAAGGCUGAUAUAUUUGCUUUCGGUCUCACUCUAUACGAGGCCGGUGGAGGGGGAGCCUUGCCCAAGAACGGUCAGGAGUGGCACGACAUCAGAGAUGGAAAGCUACCGGUGCUACCGAACCUCUCCAGGGAGUUCAAUCAGCUGUUAAAGAAAAUGGUGGACCCGGACCCCAACCAGCGGCCGUCCGCCGCGCGCCUGCGCCGCCACCCGCUGCUGCACCCCGCCGGCAACAAGAGCAAGGCGCAGCUGCGGCGCGAGCUGGCCGCCGCCAAGCUCAAGAACGAGCUGCUGGCGCGCAAGCUGCAGGAGGCCGCCAGGUGCAUCAAGUCCCUGACGCCGAACCUCGUGAACCAGGAGUCGGCCAAGUUCCGCACGCGAUCGGCGAAGCGCCUGCAGAAGCCGCGCAUCGACUCCAACAUCGUCGAAAUCAUACAGUCGGUGUCGUCGCCGCUCCGGAUAGAGCGACGGACGGACAGGAGGAAGAGAGUGUAGCAUACGGAUGUUAUAUUAUCGCAUAAAUUAAUAUUUGACACAUAUAUAAACGUCAGAGAAAUUUUAUAUUCAGUGGUAACGAUCUGUGUCGCCGGUUAACUCUGAUUCAGUCGUCGGUGCGGUCGACGGUCGGCACCGCAGUGGCGACCACACGAUUGCCACUUCGAACGGGCUCCUCGUGAACACGAGCGCUCCGGAAACGCAAAGCUCUAACUGAACCGUGCAGAAUAUUAGUAUAAGUAAAAAGUAUCACACCAAUAUAAAUAUUAUGUAGUAGUAAUAAAUUAAAACGGCGUUUUGUUUUAAGUAUUGUCGAAUUUACAAAACACUGUAAGUACAAUAGGAAACGAAAUAAUACGAGAGAAUAUUUAGUAUGAAACGACCCUGAAGUGUCCGACGCGCGGACGUUAACUCUUUAGCCAUUUUUAAUAGUCUGUGUGGGGGGACUCAAUACAGUCACGGAACAGGAAAAUUUCGGAUAUUGACGUUAUUACGACCAGACGGGUGUUUAAAUAUUAUUAGAAAAUAUUGCGAAUAAGUAAAGAGAAACCAAAUAUGUAAGGUAUGUAAUUAGUGUCUGUGUAAACGUGUCCAUUUUAUACAUAACACUAAACAUAUACAAUAAACCUUCCUACAUGUGUAUAGUUUGAUAGAAAUUUAAAUUAAAAGCGUACUAAAAAGUCACGUACCUUAUUGUUUAGGGCAUAAGGUCUGAAAUUCUGAAGACGGCGUUCAUUGCACCUGUGUGUGAAUGCGAUGGCAAUACGCGAGUGACAGAGACAGUUAUAUAGGACAUAUUUCAACGUACAACAUUCUUCCUGUUCCACGACUGGGGUAGAUUAGUCUC